AUGGGUCUGGUGGGGCCGGUCGGAGCAGCAACAUGUCCGCCGCCCCUGGAGGAACAACAGCCUGCUGCUGGGGGGGGAACGGGACCCUCCUGUCGGACCAGGAGACACCAUCAUCGGGUCUACCUGCUGCUGCUCGGGGGGGUCUCGUGGUUCGGAAACAGCAUUGUCCUGUUCGUGCUGUACCGGCAGAGGGCCGGGCUGCAGCCCAGCGACUACCUGACCCUGAACCUGGCGCUGUCCGACGGCAGCAUCUCCGUGUUCGGGUACUCCCGCGGGAUCCUCCAGGUGUUCAACGGCUUCCAGGGCAGCGACUACAUCAUCACCUCCAUCUGGACCUGCCAGGU